AUGCCCCUCUUAAGAAGCCGGCGGCAUCUCCCGCCAGUUUCUCUUGUUUGCUUCGAACGUGGCGGUCUCCCCGCCCCACCCCCCACUAAGUUCACGCGCAUGCUUUCCGGUUCCCGGCACCGCGGGUCACGCACAGCCUCCCGCGUGCAACAAGAAAGGAGACACGAGGUACUGCCGGGAACGACCCAACAGGAAGGGAGACCGAGACGCGCGCAGGCGCUCAGGCGCCCGAGCAGGCGCGGCGCGCGCGGUCGCUGCGCAAAGCGGGGCAGGACCGGUGAGUGUCCGAGCGUCCGGGCGGGACGUGGGGACACUGCGGCAGAGAGGGAGCCAGGUUUCUCAGGGACCUGGGCGUGGGAGCACAGACCUCAAGAGAUCAAACCAGUUCUCACUGACAGAACAGACAGACGUGCUCCAAAGCAGAACCAGCAAGACAUCUGCAUCGCAGAAGACCUGAGAACACAUUCCUCUGAAAUAACCCAGAAGACCCUUAAGGCAUUGGAUCAAACUGCUGAUAGUGAGCUCUUCCUUGUUGCAAGAAAUAAGUCAUCUCUUCUUCCUUAUUGCAAGAAGUGUGGAUUUCAUUCAAACCCUCUGUGUGCCUUCCAGGACUGUUGGGACGGAAGUAUUUCGUCAGUGCUGAUCUGGGGGCCUUGACCAAGAGUCUUGACGGCUGGCAGCUAAUGUCUGUUUUCACUUCUGUGGCUUCUGGUGAGAGAGAACUUUGUGAGCUGGCCACUUGGGAGAAGAGGGCCUAUUACCCAAGAGCCAUAGUCUGCAGAACCUGUUUGUGGGUGAGAUGGGGAUGCAGAUAGGAGAAGAUCCCUAGUACAAUCUGAUUUUCCCUCAUUAUCAACAAGGAACCUAAAAAAGUGGGGCAAGUCCUGGUUGUCCAGGCUAAGAGAAUUGCCAUCUUCCUCAGACAGAAGGUUCUCAGAUAUCACGUGGAAAAAGAGCCUACUUUGCAAUAGUUCCUGCAGUUCUUGUCUCACUGUCUGUCUCUCAUCCAGGGACUGAGUCAUGACUAAAUGCCCUUUUUAUGGUCACCAAGUGUGCCGCCUCACUAAAUCAUGUAUACAUGUUU